GAGAGAGAGAGACAGACAGGCAGGAAGAGAGACAGACAGAUGGUGAGACGGGAGGGACAAACUAGGGAAAGGCUGAGUUUGAAGUCUGAGAGGGUUGAGUUGACGACGGACGCAAGACGGAGAAGAUAGGACGGCACAAACGUGAGGACAUUUGGGAGUUAUUCUGGAUUUAUUUACCUGAAAGAAGAAGAACAGACCUGUUUUAACUUCUGACUUUGACUUUCCAGAAGGACUCGUUCUCGUUCUCCGCUCGGGAUAUUCUGUGAAAUCUUCCUGAGAAAAAGUGAAUGUGAACUCGACUCUUCUACACCUCAGCCUCAGGAUUAUGUUGGUGCGUGGUCGCUCUGCGGAUCUGAAGGAGGAUCAAAAUGUUAAAAUGUAAAGUUCAAAGUUCUCUCUGCUGCCUGUGUUUCACCUCGCUGCUGCUGCUCCAGAGUCUGAGCAGAUCAGCUCCCACAGAGAACCAGACCCUCCCCUGUAGUAUCUCUGUGUCUGAACCUUUACCUGAGCUGGACUCCAUCUCGCUGACCGUGAGCACACCUGGACACGACUGCUCCUUCACCGUGACGUCACCUGACACCGGAGCAGAUGGCGCCGAGUGCAGACUGAGAACGAGAAGAAGAAGAAGAAGUCUAGACGAGGAGACGCAGACCAAUGAGAUCGAUGUUCAGCAGCGAGGAGAGGAGGAGGGUAAGGAGGGUACAGGAGGAAACUAUCUAGGAUCCAACCAGCUAGGAGACGAGGAUGGAGGGAACAAGGAGGCAGGAGGUGUUUUCACCUGCAUGCUGGAUCACCUGGAGCCAGGGACCGCCUACCUGCUGCAGGUUCAGUCGCGGAAAGAUGGAGAGACGACGAACUUCACGCUACACACACGGCCGUCGGCGGUGAGCGGCCUGCUGGUGACCUCCAGGACCAGCAGCAGCCUGGGGCUUUCCUGGCAGGCCGGCCCGGGCAGGACGCAGCGCUUCAGGCUGCAGCUUCAGGACCUCACAGGUCUGCUGAGGAACGAGACGUUAGAGAGCACAACAACCCAGCACACACUCCUCGACCUGCCGCCUGGACGACUGUACAACGUUACCAUGGUUACAGAGGCCGGCGGGCUGCAGAACAGCGUGACGAUGAAGGCCCAGACAGUUCCCGCUGCCGUUUUAAACCUCACCGCCGACCAUAGCAACAGCAGCACAAGCGUCCUGUUGUCAUGGCAACGGCCGGACGGCGAUCUGGACGCACUCGACAUCGCUCUCUCGACCAACGGGACGAUCGGCAGGAAGAUCACUCUUCAGCCGAACGCCUCGGAGGUAGAAGUUGAUCAGCUGGUUCCAGGCUCGGCCUAUCAGGUAGCAGUGACGUCCAGGAGCGGCACGCUGACGAACCAAUCACAGACCACCGUCAGGACAGCUCCAGCAGCGGCGUCCCUCCUCUCCUUGUCUCCUUCCUCCUCCUCCCCUGACGACGGCCUCACCUUGUCUUGGACGCCCCCCGCUGGUCACUGGGAGAACUACAGGGUGUUUCUGUUUGACGGCUCCCAGCAGGUGGUCAGCUCCGCUCUGGACCGAGAGGCGCUGAACUUCAGCUUCUCCGGGACGAGACUAACGCCCGGAACAAUGUACCGAGCGGCGCUGCGGGUGGAGAGUGGAGGACUGGUGACUGAGAGCAGCUGUAAAGGAGCAACAGCUCCGGCGGCCGUGUCAGACCUCCACAUCCGCCACACUGACGAGACCUCGAUCAGCGCCAUGUGGAGCCACGCCCCCUCUGGGUCACGUGACAGCUACUUCCUGACUCUCAGCCACGGUAACGUUACCGUGGAUACCAGGGAGGUGGAGCCAAACAUGAGGGAGUGCACGUUCAAUGUGCUCACACCUGGGAGGCGGUACAACAUCACCGUGGCAACCAGGAGCGGGAAACUGAACCGCUCAGUGUCAGUGGAGGGGACGACAGCUCCCAUGGCGCUGAGCAGCCUCACUCUGAUGAGCUCAGGAGUCGACAGCCUCAAGGCAUCAUGGGAGAAACCACCAGGAGACGUGGACUCGUACACGCUGACGCUGCUGCAGGACGGUGUUGUUGUUCAGAACGUCAGCGCUCUGGUUUCUUCUUCUUCUCUGCUGCUGUCUGGUUUGACUCCUGGCGCCCUCUACAUGCUGCAGGCUGCUACUGCAAGCGGAGGACUGAAGUCUAAACCCGUCAGUCUGAAGGGACGAACCACUCCGGCGUCCGUUUCCGAGGUAACCGCUGCGAACGGAGGCAGGUCAGAUGCUUUGCAUGUGUCAUGGCGUCCGGCGGUCGGCGUUGUGGAGAGCUACCUGGUGCGUCUACAGGACGGGAGUGGGACCGUCCACACGCUCGCCGUGUCCCGCUCCUCGCCAGAGUGCUCCUUCAGCUCGCUUGUCGCCGGGAGGUUGUACACCGUCGUCAUAGUGACGAGGAGCGGCAGCCUGGAGAACGCCACCGUGGUUACAGCUCGAACACAACCGGCGACCGUUCAGAAUCCGACAGCUGUUCAUUCUGCACGAGACGAUUUCCUCAAGGUGUACUGGCGUCACGCAGCAGGAGAUCGGGACCGCUACGUGGUUCUGAUCGGGUACAACAACAGCGUCCUGCAGAACAAAAGUGUCACCGCUGGCCACGAGUGCGACUUCUCGUCCCUGACGCCUGGGAGGCUCUACACAGUCACCGUGGAAACCUGGAGCGGGGACUACGUCAGCAGCGUCUCCACCGACGGACGCACCUUUCCCGCCGCUGUUGGAAACCUGUCUGUAGUUAACGCAGGGACAGGUGACCUCACCGUCACCUGGAGCCCCGCCCCCGGAGAUGUGGACCACUAUGAGGUGACUCUGCUCUUCAACGACACCCGCGUUUUCCCUCCGGUGACGUUGAGCAGCGAGGUGAGACGUCACCAGCUGACCUCUCUGAACUCGGGGCGACUUUAUAAGAUCGUGGUGUCGACGUUCAGCGGGUCGUACCAGAGUGCUCAAUACAUCGAGGGCCGGACAGUCCCCAGUGCAGUCGGGAACCUCCGGCUGGCUCCUCGACCACGUGGGCUGGAGGUCACUUGGACCCCUGGAGGCGGUGACAUGGACAUGUAUAUCGUCUCAUUAUCCACCACGGGCAGGGCCGUUGUCGAGACUCGUCCCGUCCCUAAAUACGUCUCCUACCUGGAGUUCCUGGAUCUGAUCCCUGGGAACGCCUACACCAUCACCGUCCAAUCACGGAGCGGGAAUCUGAACAAUAGCAACAAAGCCACCGGCAGAACAGCUCCGUCCUGUGUCACCGCCCUGCAGGCCGAUAACGACCACACCACCCACAGUCUCACUGUCAGCUGGGAGAGGCCGGUGGGCGUGUACGACAGUUACAAUCUGCAGUUAUUGGAUGAGGCCGGGGCCGUUCUGGCCAAUCGGUCGGUCCUCGCGGAGAGUCGAAAUGAGCGAUUGGAGGGUCUGACGUCGGGGAGGUGGUACAGAGUGACGGUGGUGACGCUCAGCGGGGGGGUUCCGUCACAGGAGGCCACGGCAGAGGGACAAACACGUCCGUCUGCAGUCACUAAUCUCACCGUCACCUCCCUCAACACCUCCUCGCUCUCCUUCUCCUGGAGUCCCUCUGACGGCCACGUCGACAUCUACGACCUGUCGCUCUACAGCGUCACCGAGGCGACGGCCAAUCACAGACAGGACACUGCAGGGAGAAGGAAGGAGCGUCACCAGAUGCUGGGGGAGCUGGUGGACCUGCAGAAAGUGGGUCGGGAUGCAGACAGGUGUGUGUUCUCCGGUCUGCGAGCAGGAAGUCUGUACAGGCUGCAGGUGGUGAGCUGGAGCCGAGGCAUGAACAGCGACUCGUCUGUCCUCGCCAGAACAGUCCCGUCCACAGUUUCGUCUCUAAAGGUACAGAGUUCUGAACAGACGGACAGACUGACAGUCGGCUGGGAGCACGGAGAGGGAAGCUGGAGCAGCUAUCAGGUUGUUUUAUACGACGUCUCUGGAGCCUCUCUGGGAGCGCAGACGCUGGGGGCGGAGCAUAAGAGUCACAGGUUCUCUGGGCUGACUCCUGGUAGGCUGUACCGCGCUGAGGUCAUCACACACAGCGGAGAACUGACCAAUAACGUCUCGGCGCUCGGACGCACCUCCCCCGAGCCGCCCACUCACCUGUCCGUCAAACAAGGCCCGACCAAUGACACGAUAGAGCUGUGCUGGUCUGGUCCCGCCCUCGGGGACUACGACAGCUUCAGCCUGCAGUGGACUCCUCCGGACCAGCUGUCCGUCACACAGACUCUGCUUACCAGCCGCGUUGUGGGUGGGAUGUUCCCGGGGCGACGGUACAACUUCACCAUGGAGACCAUCAGUGGAGGCGGAGCCAGUGGCGGGCCUACAGUCAGGAGUCGGCCAAUCCAGAGGAGCGUGAGGACAAGUCCGUCUCCUCUCAGGUCCGUCCACUGCUUCCCCGUCUCCUCCUCCUCCCUCUCCUGCUCCUGGUCGCCUCCUCCCUCCGAUUUCGACUCGUACGAGGUUGAGUGCCGUCGCCACGAUGACGGGGAGCUGACCUCGGCGCUGCGCCUGGCCGGAGGCGUCAAGGCGGUGACGCUGGACCACCUGGAGGCGUUCAGGAAGUACUCGGUGACCGUCAGAGUGUCGUCAGCGGGGCACACGAGUCCACCGGCGACACAUACGACCGUUACCAUGAUAGACCGCCCUCCGGUCCCGCCCCCCAGCGUACGUGUCAGCGAGAAGUCCUCGAAACUCACUUCGUCCUCCAUCUUGUUUCGCUUCAACUGCUCGUGGUUCAGCGACGCCAACGGAGCCGUCAGAUACUUCGCUGUGAUCGUAGCCGAGUCUGACGCCAAUGAGAUGCUGCAGCCGGAGCAGCGCCACCCUCUGCCCUCCUACCGCGACUACAUCACUAACUCCUCCGUCAGAGCGUAUCAGACCGCCUACUUCACCAGCCGCUGCCCUCAGGACACGGAGGCCUCACCUGGACAGGUGAUUGAGGUGAACCUGGGCGCAGGAGGAGAUCGUCUGGGCGGGGCUUGUGACCGUUACCACGACGACGACCUCUACCUGAGCGACAGCUACGGCGGCUUCUGUGACGGCCCGCUGAAGUCCAAAACCUCGUACAGGCUGAGCGUGCGGGCGUUCACCCGGCUGUUUGACGGAAAUCACAGAGAGUUCCCCGAGCCGCUGUUCACCGACACUUACCUGUCUGCACCGCUCCGCACGCACGCAGAGCCUCUAGGGGGCGUAGUGGAGGGUCUGAGUGCGGGGAUGUUCCUGAUCGGUAUGAUGGUGGCCGUCGUCUCGCUGCUGGUCUACAGACAGAGGCUACGCAAAGUGGCUGUGCAGGAGAACCCGGUGGUGAGGAUGAGUAUGUGGAAGGAGGUUCCGUCGUCUUCAGGGUUAUACGUGGGCGUCAGGAGAUUACCUCAUCGCUCACCCACAACAUCUGUUAAUUACUCUGUUAACCGUCGGGUCACCAGUCCUAUCAAAGCGUGCCACUUUGAGUCCCACCUGAGCAAACUGCAGGCCGACUCCAACUACCUGCUGUCUGAGGAGUUCGAGGAUCUGAAGGACGUCGGGAGAAACCAAACGAUGGACAUCGCCCGAGUGCCCGAGAACCGAGGAAAGAACCGCUACAACAACAUCCUGCCCUAUGAUCCGACCAGAGUGAAGCUGUCGUACCUGGAGGACGACCCCUGCUCCGACUACAUCAACGCCAGCUACAUGCCUGGUAAUAACUAUCGCAGGGAGUACAUCGCCACUCAGGGCCCGCUGCCCGGCACCAAAGACGAUUUCUGGCGGAUGGUGUGGGAGCACGGUGUCUACAACGUCGUCAUGGUGACGCAGUGUGUGGAGAAAGGACGGGUGAAGUGUGAUCAGUACUGGCCUGCAGACAGAGAGCCGCUCUACUACGGGGAUCUGGUCAUUCAGAUGCUCUCCGAGUCCGUCCUCCCAGAGUGGACCAUCAGAGAGUUCAAGAUCACAUCGGAGAGCAGCUGCAGUUACCCUCGGGUGCUGCGUCACUUCCACUACACCGUGUGGCCCGACCACGGAGUCCCCGAGAGCACCCAGUCCCUGAUCCAGUUCGUCAGGACGGUCCGGGACUACGUGGACCGAUCUCCAAGCAGCGGAGCCACGGUCGUACACUGCAGUGCUGGUGUUGGCCGCACGGGGACGUUCAUCGCCCUGGAUCGGGUUCUGCAGCAGCUGGACUCUAAAGGAACCAUCGACCUGUACAGCUGCGUGUUCGACCUCCGCCUGCACCGCCAACACAUGGUGCAGACCGAGUGCCAGUAUUCCUUCCUGCACCAGUGUGUUCGAGACGUCCUGAGAGCCAGAAAACACCGCAGUGAACAGGAGAAUCCUCUCUACCCCAUCUACGAGAACUUCAACCCCGAGUACUGCCGCGAUUUCAUCUACACCGGACGCUAAAUCCUGAUGACAGUCCUCUGAUGAAGAGAGAAGAAACGUUUGAAUGUCGGCACAUUGUGACACCGUUAAAACCGUCCUCAUUAAAAGAGAACGUAAGCAACGUGCGACAAGACAAAGACUGCGUUAAAUUCUGAUUUAAUAAAAUAAGACACGGAUCAUUUCAGGCUUACAAGGUCUUUAAUAUUUCUUUAACGUGAAGUUAUUGACCAGUGUUACAAAUGAACAAUCUCAUCUGUUCCCAAGUUAGGAGAGGUAUUAGAGCAAAUAAUAAACGUUUAAUUGUGAUAAAAUAAGAAAUGUUUGCCUGGAAUACAGCCAAGCUUGUCUUUGUAACUUUGGCCUGACAUUUAAUCAAUAUUUAAUCUAAAAUUUGGCGAUAUUUAACAUUUAAACUUUUAAAAAUAAAGUUAAAUUAGAGAUCCAUUUCAAUUUGGCAGAGGAAAUCACAAUCAAAGUGUUGAAGGACUUUUCUUAAGACAGGAAACGGGUUAAUCUCAGGUCGUUGGCCGUUCAUAGAAGUUCAUGAGUUUAAAGGUCACAUAUUCUAUAAAAUCCACUUCUCCAUGUUCCUCUAACUCUAACAUGUGUCUCUAGUCUUCAAACCCCCCAAUGAUGAGAAAAGUCCAUCCUCUCCGUCUUCUGCCUGCUCCACUUUUCAGAAAAUGUGUGCUCAAACAGGCCGUUUGGAGAUUUUCCCUUCAUGACAUCACAAAGGGCAGUAGCCCCUCCCCCAGGUGGGUGACACUCCCACAGCUAGGUGUUUGUUCUGCCCUCUGAGUCUGCCUUCUCACCGUAAACAAUAGGACAUGGAGCAAGAAAGACCGAGUACACCCAAGUCCUUCCAGAGAGGGGGCGUGGUCAGAUACAGCUUAUUUGCAUAUUUAAAGCUACAGACACAGAAACAGCCUGUUCUGAGCAGGGCUGAAAUAGAGGGGUUUAUAGACAUGAUCAAAUACAGGAUCAGAGUGGAUUUAGAACAAGAAACUUCACACACAUGUUUUGAGGAGCUCUGACACUUAUUUAAACUGAAGAGGAGCAGGAGGAUAUGUGACCUUUAAAUCUGACGUUAGCUAGCAGUGUUAGCGAGCCACUAACCUCGAUGAAACUGUCACAGGGAUGAAAGAGCUAUAUGUUUCAUUUUGACUGUCUGUUCUCACCCACCGCUCGAUAUAAGCUGUUUAUUUAAAACGUUACACGUAGUGCUGUAUGUAAAUAUUGAUGUAAUACUCUUUUUUAAUAUGAUAAUGCACAUUUAUUGUAUGUCACGAGUUUUGUAGUGAAAUCAAACUCUUGUCAAGUAGCUGCAAGCGAUUUUAUACGGCUGUAAUCAGACUUUCUGUGUAACCUGCUUUAAAGUUGUAUAUUUAGAUUCACAUUUAGUCCAUCUUUUAUACAGUUGUUCAUAAAUAGUCUAAACAUUUUAAAGAAAAGUUGUUUUUCUUUUACAUAUUUGACAGAAUUGUCUAAAUUAGAGAUAUUUUUAUGCCAUAGGUGUGUCGAAAACAUGACGUUUUUGAAAUGAUAAAUAUUGUAGCUAUUAGAGUAACCCUCUUUUUUUUAAUAUGACUGACUGUUGAGGGCAUUUCAGGGUUUUUACAUUCACUUCCUGUUUGAUGGGUUUAUAUUUAAGGACAAUGAUCAAUGGCUUUAAUCCCUAUUAUUAUAAAGUUAUCAUUCCCAGAUGUAAUAAAUAAUAUCACUACUGAUAGUAUUUUGUUAUAAUAAAGUAUAUCACAAGUAUAUUUAAUAAUUGUAUGAUACAUCACAGGCCUGAGAAUGUAAAUCUGUUUUUAUAUUUUGCAGUCAGAUUGAUGUAAACUGGGUCAUUAAAGAAUAAUUAAAAACA